AUCGUAUCCUUUCUUCGUUGCGCAUCAGCGUCUCCUCGAAGUUCUAUCGUCAUCUUCCUUCAGCAUCUACCUUUGCUCGCCCUACAACAUCAAGGUAUCUCGAGUCGAGGUUUGCCAGUCAGGAUUCGAGAAAAUGGCUGAACACUCGUUCGAAGUCCCAAUCAUGCUCAGUCCAGAGAACCUCACCUUCGAGGACGUCGCCAAGCUUAACCCCUUCUAUGACGAGCUGAGGGAUUUCUGGGACAACUCUCCAGUGACAGCGAGUCCGGCUUCUUCUCUGAUUGCUUCUUCAAGCGCUUCCUCUUUUCGAUCUGACGCUUCGGGCGUUGGUGUGCCUUCGUGGACAUUCAGCUCGAGCACCGCUCCCAGUGAGCAUAACACCAUGUCGUGGGAUGGAUUCCUCGCACCGGAAAGGUAUUACAGCGUUCACCGUGAUGAUUUCCAUCAACAUUGUCUGCCGUACAAGGUGCACGACAAAACUGGCAUUCUUCCAUCCAUCUCCCUGAGACCUGACAGUGACUACAAACAGCCAUUGCAGCCGGCCAGAGAAACAAAACCUUCCUAUUACGGACUGGCCACAAGUCGAUACAACGAUUAUUAUCCUCGCGGUAUAAGGCCUUCUCACAAAAAGCUCUUUGGAGAAGACGGCUGGCUGGGAUGCAGACCUGACACCGAUGUACGUUCCGGCAAGAACAAGACGAAAGUUUUGAAGGAUCUGGGGAAGAAGGUCAAGAAGCACGUCGAAGAUCUUGCGAAUGAUGUUGCGAGGGCCUACCCAGUUCAGUUAAACCAAGAAGCUCGUCGUCCAAGGAUCGUUCAGAAGUCAACCAUCCCUAUCUCAUUAGAUCCUGUCACUCAGGCAAAACUAUACUCUGAUAUGGAGGUCAUGAUCUGCGUCAGCGCCAACAAGUUCCUCGUUCAGCAACACUACCAAGGAAACCUAUCUGUUGAAUCCAUCAAAAAAGUCACCAACUUCUGGGGCUCCAAGAACCGACCACAGGUCGUCGAGUUUCAAUUCGAUCAAGACACCCAGCGACAGCUCAUUCUGUACAACAUCCGCACAUUGCGAUUCAAUGGAGAGUGCUCGACAAACCCAAUCCUGCUCAACUCGAAUCUACAAAACUGGAAAGCCAUCGUCAAGGAGAUGAGCGUACGCACUUUCUGUUCUCCUGAUAGUGUCAUUCGCAAACACCUACAUGAUAUUCAAAAAAUACUAGACAUGCUCGGUGCCCCACUGGACACCUUUAUUGCUUUUCAGGACCUUCAAAUGCGGACACUGGCGCUGAUGAAGGACAACAGACUAAGAGCCCUUCGUUCAGAGAGCAAUGGAAGCACAUCUAGUUUCAGGCGGCAGCGGUUGCCGAUGUUGACUACCUCAAUGUAAACAAAAAAAAAUCAUAAACAUAAGGUAUAUUGCCAUGUUUGAUGUCCAAAGGCGUUUUCAGGAUUCUGUACAACAGCAUGAUACCUCUGUCAUUUUGGUUCGCAGGUCUUCGGGAAUCUGUAUUUCUCAUUUCACUUCUCUACCCAUGUAUUCUCAUUAUUAUUAUUAUUAUUGUUUUAAUUGCCAGACAAG